GAAGUAUUUGAACUUAAUGAAAGAUUUUUUAUGCAACAGCCGGGCGAUCAUGCAGUACAUGGUGAAUAAGUACGCUCCUGACAGCUACCUAUAUCCUAAGGAUCCCAAACAGAAGGCGAUAGUUGAUAGGUUGUUGUACUUUGAUAUGGGCACGAUGUUCAAAUCCAUGAGAGAAGUUUAUUACCCCCAAGUUUUCAAAGGUGAAGUUCCAGAUCAGGAAAAGGAACAAAAUUUUAAAACUGCUUUGGGAUACCUAGAAGGAUAUCUGGAAAAGUCAACAUACGUGGCUGGAGACAAGCUUACUCUGGCUGACAUCUCCAUAAUAGCUUCACUCUCAAUGAUGGAUGUACUGGAUUAUGAAUACGGCAGUUAUCCUAAAAUCUCUGUCUGGAUGGCCAAAGUUAAAGAAGAAAUUCCAGACUAUAAAACUACGAAUGACGAACCUAUUCAAGCAUUCAAGGCCUGGGUGAAGUCUAAACAAACAUAGUAAAGAUGUCGUUCAACUUAGAACGUUAAAGUGAUUUACUGUAAGGGCCAUUGAAAUAAUAAUAAUAAUAAUAAAUGUAUGUGGACAUUUUUUGCAAACA